AAUUUCAAAGUUAAUGAUGAAGUCGACGUUAACGAUGAUGUUGAAGCUAACGGUGAUGUUGAAGCUAACGGUGAUGCCGAAAUUAACGAUGUUGCUGAAGUUAGCGAUAAUACCAAUGUUAACGAUGAUGUCAAUGUUAGUGAUACCGUCGAUAUUAGUGAUGCCGCCAAUGUUGCCAGUGUUAGUAAGCCUGCCAAUAUUAGUAAUUCUGUCAGCUAUGUUAAUAAUGGUUAUAAUGCUAACGACAUUAGUUGCAAUAUUUUUGCCGAUAUUCAUAAAUAUAGCAAUUAUAAUGAGAACAAUGUUACCAGUAUUAGCAAAAUUAGCAAUGUUAGCAAUAUUAUCAACGUUGUCAGAUUUGUUGGGAACCGUCCAAAACGUCAAUCUAAUAAAAAACAAACCAAUAGACCCGUUAUUCUUAAGCAAAGAUCGCAAUUUAGUCAUAUGCUUCCAAAUUCAUUUGUUAAUGAUAAAGAUAAGAAAGGUAAAGGACCACAACCACAAUUACCAUAUCCACAACUACAACAACCACCAUCACCACCACAUCAACAUCAACAGCAGCAGCAGCAAGGUAAGAAAUUUUAAGAAAUGAACAUCAGAAAUCGGAUUAUUCU